GCACCAACGUGAGGCUCGCGCGCUGCGUCAUUACCACCACAUUACGACGUGACCGCAGCGAGCGUACAUAUUUGCGCGACGGCGACGGCGGUACGCCGACCAGGUCUUGCCCAAGGAAUGACUCAGAGGCACUCCGUUUCGUCGCCGUCUGUCCACACAGCGGCGAGAGGACAGACGGGGUGGAUGCCGCGGAACAACACCGCCACCACCGGCGGCGAAAGGGGUGGAAACGUGACUUGGAUGUAUUGCGCAGAACGCCGGCGCCCUGACAUCGCGGCGAUCCCUCGGAGCGAGUCAGGCCGGUCGUUGCUUGGUGCCCGCGCCUUUCCACUGCGCUACGCGGCACAAUCGCACGGGGUACGUACGACGGCGCGAGCGUACCGGAACGACGGGAGCAGGGAUCGUCGCGUCGACCGUCGUCUUCAUUCGGACUUCGAGCUUUAUCGUGCGAUCUGAAAUCGCGCGCAUCGCAACUCCGCAAAUCGUAACGCGCACACACCGCGCUCCGUGAUCCGCGAGCGAGCUUGACGGCGCCAGCGGCGUGGAUCUUUUGAACGACAACAAGGGGGAUUGCUAGAUCAUUUUGGCGCGGGGGGUGAUCCACGCGGGCGGAAAGGGGAGAAAGAGCUACGACGUCGGGUUCUGCGGCGGCGACUAUGCGCGUGAUCGAUCGCGUACACCUCCGCGAUCGGCCGGAGAUGUGAUACCGGAAGUAGGCCAGGCAGGGUUGACCUGCGUGGGCGUGCAGGUACGGCAUACGGUCGCGGGUGCGUGCGUGCGUGCGAAUACGACGCGUAGGCCGCAGGUGUGCCGCGUGGGGCCAGAAGCCAGCAGUCGUAGAGAUGCGCGUCGCCGCGACGACCUGUCCGUUGCCGACGUGCUCGUCGUCGGGAACAACCCCCUGCAGUACCAUCGCCGUGCGUCUACUCUACGUCCUCCUGGUCUCCUCCUGGAUUAUCCUUGAUCAACCAGUUUUAGGAUUGCCGGAUUCUGUGGAAGAUUUAUCCGGCAGAGGCACAAAAAAGUUUGGCGAUGAUUGCGAGGUGGACAAAGAGUGCGGUUUCGGAGGUUCUUAUUGUGAGACAAAAAAGAAGAAGUGUAUUUGUAAAGAAGAAUUCGAGGCCACCAACCAUAUUGACAAAUGCGGACACGCGGCAAACGUGAACGAAUCUUGCUUCUUCCACGAGCAAUGCGAAGCACGGGUGAUCCAAACGGAAUGUCGCGACAGCCGGUGCAUCUGCCUUUUCGAAAAAGUCCCGGUGACGCAGCCGGAUGGUGUAAUAACCUGCGUUGCGGAGAUCAAAGAACCGCCCAACCUCCGGUACAUCGAUCCGGCGAUGAUUGGUGUUCUCGUUGGCAUGGCACUGAUGUUCAUCAUUAUUUGCGUCGUUCUUAGACUCUUCAGCAAGGCUCGCUGGCGAGAGAAUCGUACCAUCUUUAAUACACCCAAUGCACGACUGAUGAAUGUCUCGUUGCUGAGAGAGAACAAACUCUUGCACGCCCAAGAGAGACGUGGCUCGAGGGCGAGCGUACGAGCCCCAUCGAGGCAACCUUCGAUGGCGUCUUUAAGGGCCCACUCGCCGAACGCCUCGCAAGGGUCACGCACAGGAUCGCGACGCGGGAGUCGCACCAGCAGCGGAAACGCUUCGGCCGCUUCGGUGAAAUCGCCAAAUCAUACGAACAACGUCACCGACCCGGUCCAGGAGAAGGUCACCGUCGAGAUUCUCGACGCGAAGGUAUAGAUAGAUGCGUCCUAGCGUCGCGAUCAGCAUUUCCGUUUAUCACCUUAGUCUCGCGUAGCCAAAGUACGGCGCAUUAUUAAUUGCCGUCUAAAUAAAUCUUCAACCCGCAAAUAAUUGGUUCUCGGUCUUGUUUCCGUACAAUGCAGAAUAAAAAAAUAUUCGAUAAUGCAAAUGUCAUCGGCAAAUACUUUUGCUGAGAUUAACCCACUGACGAUUUGUGAAUGUUGAGAUCUCGACGAGGUCGAGGCAUAAAUUGUCAGUAAUUGGGAUCGCCUAAAUAUCUAUUGCGCCGCUUCAAGUAAUAAGCAGAAAGCCAUCUCGUUCAAUUAAUUGCAAAGAAAUCUUUUUAGCGCGUCUCUCUUUUCUCAAUUCUUCGUAUCUAAUAGAACGCAUCGAAUCUUAAUUGAUUUUCAAUUAAAUUUUCGCAUUAUCUGUUAAGAUAAUACAGAAACUUAAUUAAUAUUGAAUUAAAAAACUGUUUCCUAAAAACAAAAAAUAACUCAAAACAAAAGAAUAAACUAAAUCUUGAAUUAUUCGAAUGUUUAUCACGCUGUUUUAAUAAUAGCGAGUACGAAUGUAAAAUUAUCCGAAUAGACUCAAAUUGAACGACUAGCAGUAUUUGAAUAAUUAUUAUAAGAAUAUCGAAUUUUAAUUUUGGGUAUUAACUUGACGAGACAUUAAUAAGUCAUUUUAAGAAGUGGGAAAAUUAUUUGGCUAGAUGUUCACAAUUAUAAAGCGAUUUGAUACGCAUCCGACACACCUGAGUUGCAAAAUUAUCGUAGAAGGUAUUUCGAAAGGAAACUUUCUUUGAGAAUAUUACUGAAAAUCAGUACGAUAGUACACACUUGAGUCGAAAGAGAUGAAAAUUAUCAUAUCUCUACACGAUGACGACGUAACUUUGCCGCUCGUCCAAUUAAUCCACACGAUUUAUUACUUGUUCGCUUUGUGGUAACUGUUUCAAUCGUUUCCGGAAUCAAAGCGCGCCAAUAUAAUAAUUACGGCGAUGGACAGUUAUCGAAGCUCACACCUGCGACGUGAACAAUUUUCGGACCAAGCGGUUUUGCACCGCAUUCGAUCGUUCUGUUUAACAGGGACACAGUCGCACAUAAUAUGCAAUUGAUACGAUCACACGUGUCAAUAUAUCAGAGUUGCGUGAAGAACACGGUAGAAUAUCCCGCGAGGAAUACAUUGGAAAGAAGUGACAAUGUUGUAAGUAAUGUGAUGAUUCGUUAAGAAAGCAACCGUAGCGGGAAAUAGCCAUUAACUGCGAUUAACUGUGAAUUGUUGAUCCAUGCAGCAGUUAAUUUCCGUUUCCACUGGGAGG